GGGAACAUAACAUCUCGAGACACAAGGCUUUACAAUGGAUAAGCUAGUGUCCUGUAAUUGUGAUCCGUCGUAAUCUGGUCAUUGUCCAAACAAUUAAUUCUCAUAAAUAUUGAUUCUCGAUACUUGUAUAAUACUGCUCUUGAAUAAUCAAUUGAAAAUAUUUAAACGUUCUCCCUAGCUAAUGCAUUUAUAAACAUUCCGGGUGAUUAUGUUUACAUUUACACUUCUCAGAAAUGCUUUCCCUUCUGGCGUAAAACACAUUCUUAAUCUACUUGUAAACAUUUCUGCUGCAGAAGAUUGUAUUUGAACGCUAUAUUCUGGUAUAUAAAGACUGAUCUACAAACAUGAAUAACACCACAACAGACGCCCUGAUUCAAGCUGAUGAUUGUUUUCAAAAUGGAGGCGGAAAAUUAAGAAUUAUACGUAUGACUGUGUAUAUAUCUGUGACGCUGGCAUCAUACUUUGGAAAUAUUCUAAUUCUCGUCAGUUUAAAGAAAUUUUCGGAUUUUCUAAAAGGAACACCUUACAUCUUAUUAGGGAAUUUAGCUGUAGCAGAUAUACUUCUAGCUCUUGGACUUUCCCUCCAAAUCUUCCGAAUUAUUGUUCAACCCAUAGAAGGUGAAAUGUUCUUCUGUGCAAUAAACAUGUGCAUUAUUGGAAUAUCUAUCACAGCUUCUGGAUUUUUAUUAAUGUUUAUAUCGGUCGACAGAUUUUGUGCAAUUGUGUUUCCAAUGAAACAUUUAAUUCGUUCCACCAAAGUAAGGCGUAGACGGAUAAAACUAGCAUGUGUGUGGUUUGCUUCUGCGUCUUUAAUAUGUGUGAUGAUAUUUUACAAUUUUAUACCAUCAGAAUACAGCAUCUGCGAUCACUGUGACACGGCACCUUUUGGCAUAGCGCUUGCCUUAGCUGUGUUCAUGACACUACAAUUCAUUAUGAAUAUCGUAAUGUGCUUAAUUGUGAUUUGGAGCUUAAAAUCAAAUACCAUGUGUAAAGAAAUGUAUAAGAAAAGUUUGGUAAAGUGUGCACUGUUGAUUAGGGUGUACAUAGUUUUUGCGUUGUGCUGGUCGCCCUACGUCGUGACGAUAAUUUUAAUGGCGGUAUCAACCGAUAAAGAAAAGUACGCAGAAGCGCGUGCUUAUACAAUUAUGCCCGGUCUAAUGAACUCGUCGAUGAAUUGGAUAAUUUAUAGUCUGUCUAACCAGAAACUUCGAGACUCAUUCAGAAAUGUCUUACUUUGUAAGAAUUCAAGACAAAUGCAUGUUUCAAAUUAUAACAGGGAAAAAAAAAAAGAGCCGGAUCCCCACCCCGUCCAUGUCACCACCCCCAAAGAAGAAAACAUUUAUUUUCUGUUUUAA